AUGGCUGAUCGCAAAUUGUUCAUUGGAAAUCUUGUACGUCGCAUUACUCAAGAGGACUUAUGGGUUAUGUAUUCAACAUUUGGACCAUUAGAAGAGUGUGCUAAAUUUCAUGAAUCGUUUGGUUUUGUUCGUUUCUUACACCCUGAAGAUGCUCAAAAAGCAUUAAAAGCUACUCAUGGCAUAACACUUAAAGGACGAUGUAUCAAAGUCGAAUUUGCCGCUACUACAACUUCAUGGCGAUCAGCUAGUAAUUCAAGUUGUAAUGAAUGUCGUUCAUCAGCUCGUUACAAUAUUCCACCUAUUCGAGCUACUGAUUUAGCACCCCAGCGAGGAAAUCACCAACGAAUAGUUAAUAUUUCCUCGUCACCCGUGUCGCCAACGCCACCACCAACCAUAGGUUCUAUUGGUCAUCGUCAAAAAAAUCAUUCAAAAUCAAUUAAUUCAGAACUGAACUCUUCGAUAACAAAUUCUAUUGAUAUCCGUCAGUCUCAUAAAUCUUUUUCGUCACCAUCAUCUUCUUAUGCAGCUUCAUCAAGUCAUGUUACUGAGAUCGACGAUUAUGAUUGUGACCUUGAUAGUGGAUAUAAUGAUGAACAUGAUUCACCAUUAUUAUCAUCAUCAGUGGUACAUUUAAUUCCAACAUCUCCAUGGUACGAUAUGCCUAUUGCUGAUGAAAUGUUUAUUUGGGAUUUCCAAUUGUAUCCUGAUAUUGCUCGUGAACUUCCAUCGAUCAAAACAGAUAAUUCAUCUUUCGAAUCAACCGAUGAUGAUACAUUGAUGCCAAUGGACUAUUUUACUAAAUUAAAUAUUGAAGAGUACUUGUAA